AUGUAUACCUCUCUUAUACUAUACAGAACUGACGCAUAAAUUUUAAAAUGGCGUCGACUCGUCCACACACAGCACAUCGAAUGUUGUGCAUAGAAAAAAUGUAAAAAUUAAUAUUAAACAAAAACAUAAGUGCGCAUUCAAUUGAAACAAUUGAAUUUGAUUUUCAACCAAGUUGACAAAUUUUUAUUCAAUGAAAUGUUGUUAACAAUCACAAACUAUUAAUUAUGACGUGAAAUUAUAAUUAAAUGUCGGAAAAAAUAAAGUAUGAACGUUAUAGACGACGCCGAUGGGCCAUUGGAUCCCCGUAUUCAGAUCGAAUUGGAGAGUUUAAACAAUGCAACAGAUAAUAUUAAUAAACUCGAGAUAGAGUUAGAUGACGCUAAUACAGCGUACAAGCAAUUGCUCUCUGACACUGGAAGAAGAUCAGAUGAAAUAAAAUGUAAAUUAGGAAACAGUUGCAUCGAAAAAUCAAGAUGCUACUUCCAAGCUUUAAAAGUGGUAGAAGAAGCACGAAAACAGUGUCAAAAGCAGGCAAAAUUAUUCUCGGGAGCAAACGAAAUUCAUGCAGCAGCCAAAGAAACUGUUGCUCUUGCCGAAUCGAGAUUUAUGUCACAUCAACACGAGUGGAACUUUGAUGAAGCAUGGCAGGAUAUGUUGAGCCACGCAACGAUCAAAGUGAUGGAUGCGGAGAACCAAAAGGCUGCGUGCGCAAGGGAACAUCACAGACGGAAAAUGCUUUUCGAGGAGGCGGAAAGAAAGGUCCAAGAAUUAGAAGAAAAAUACCGUCGUUCAAUAAAUAAGGCGCGUCCUUUUUUCGAAAUGACAGCGGAGUGCGAUAAAAUGUUGGUCACACAAAAACAACGCGUCGAGGAAUUACAGAAAAAAGUCAAGGAAGCAAAAAACGCUUAUGCCGCUAGUCUGCGAACUUUGGAGGAAAUUAGUAACCAAAUACACGAGCGCAGAAGAGAUUAUGAUAUUGUAGCAAAUGGACCGCGAGAGCCAGGUGUAGGAGCCGAGCUCAUUACUCCCGAAGAAAGUCUCAACUAUGAAGCGGAAUUAAAUAAAAUUAAAAUCAGUAGAAUAAAUUCAAUAGCAAGUAGUGAUCCUGACUUGGACGAUCGAGAAAAGGAUUUCGAUGACGUUUUGGAAUUGAAGCAACGCGUAGAGAGUCUCGGUGGACGAUCCGUUGACGGAAUGGAAUCCACGUCAAGCCAAUGGGAAUUGGAAUUGCAAGCGAGUAUGAAAAAAUUAAAUGAAAUAUCCCUGGGCAAGGGAAAUAAUAAUUUUACCGAUGAUAAUAACGAGGCACUCGAUAAAUUAUCAACACUCGAGAAAUUAACAAAAAAUAAUGAUAAUGAACUUGUGAAAUUUGAUUCACAACCAGCAACAAGAUUUUCCCUAAAUUAUCAAGGCUGGCAAUCGUUGGCGCAAAGUCCAAUUAAUUCGAUAUUCAAUAAAUCGAAAGACGCCCUGAAAAAUAGUAUUUCAAAAUCAUUAAGUAAUAGUCCAGUGAAUAUGAAACAAUUCACCUUCAGUAGAGCAAAACUCGAGAGACAGCAGAGCGUCGAUAAAUCAACAAUCACCAACGACGAUGAUGAUAAUAAUAAAGAAUCUCAAAAUAUCACCAAUUCUUCCAAUUUACAAUUAGUAGAAAAAAAAUUACCAUCGAAUAUUAUCGAUGAUAAUGAUGAAAAAUUGCAAAAAAAUUCAAGUCACGUUGAUUCUGAAAAAAAAUCCCAACACACUGAUAAUAAUUCAAGAACGGAAAAAUCAGAUAUUAAAAAAGUACAAAUAACACCAACGAUGGUCGAUAAAAAUUUUACAACUCACAGUUUAAGUUCAUCGCCAGUGAAAAGAAAUUAUCUCUUCAAUUCAAAAUCAACAAAAUCAUUAGACAUUAAUCGCGAAUUGUCAUUAAAUGCUAAUGAGGAGUUUAAAAAACCAAACUGCCCAUCGAAAGAAUUACCUCUACUUUCAAUAUUUCGUAAUUCAUUCGGUAUGUCAAAGGAUAAAAGUUGUAGUAUGAUUGAUUUGGGCGACAAACAAAAUUUAAAGGGUCUAUUCGAAAAUUCGAGUAAUAAAAAUUUACAAACAGUGAGUGUCGAAAGACUGGCAAAUGCGAGGCAUAAAUUAAUGUGCACCGAUAAUUGCGAACUCAAAAUUACUCAAUAAGAAAUUUAAGAUACGAAAAAAAGACGCCUAAAUCGAGUGAAACAAAAAAAAAUGUGAUACAAGUGUUUGAAAGUUUAUAAUAUUUAAAUAAGAAGGUAAGACAACAAAAAAAUGGUAAAACUUGCCGCGCAGUAAACAUGACAACGUACCGAAAAUGUUAUGAGGUAAAUUAGUUUUUACUAAAUGGAAAAAAUGCGAUGACGAUAUUGAGGAGCGAUAUUUAAAAAUAUUUAUUUAUAAUUUCCGAACUCUUCUUUUUUUGAGAAUCUCGUGAAGGAAAAAGAUAUUUUUUAAAAAGUAUCAUAAACUAAAAAAAAAAACGAGGCUUAAAGUCUCGAUUUUAUUAGUGCCAAUUUUUAACUUCUGCACCAGGUGCAGAAUUAUUUCAAUAAUGCCUUUUUUUGAAAAAAAAAAAAAAUUAAUUUUUUUACACUCAGAGAAAAGAAAGAAGAGAGAGAAAAUAAUUACCAAAUUUUAUAAACGUAGAUUUUAGGAAAAGUGUGGAAAAAUUUUCCAAUUCGAAAAAAAGGAAAAAAUAUACGAAACAUUUUUAGAAUGUUACAUAAUUUGGAAAAAGUAAUUAAAAUCAAAUUUUAGAUUCAAAAUCAAAUUAAAAUAUUAAAAAUUGACUGCAACGUAUUCUAAUUUAAAGUGAUUUAAUUUUAAAUUUGAUUGUCAAUUUUAAAAAUAA